AUGCAAAAAGGGGAAACGUUGUUUUAUGCUUUUCUAUUUUUAAUCCCCAUCAUAGGCACUUGGAUAUAUCUAAGAAUUGUGGACAAUAAAAAGAAGAAAAAAAAAAGUGACUCUUUAGGACAGGCUGAAAUAGGAAGUGCACACACGGAAGACCAAAACAAGUGUCAUUCUGUGGCAGAUCAAUAUAAGAAUCUUUCCAGAAGAAAGAUCAGCAGCAUGGAGGACACUGCGUCUUUUUCUUUUCAUUCACAUGUCAACAGAUUGGGUGCUGCUUCACGGGGUGAUGAAAUGGGAACUGAAAGCAUCGAAUGUGUAGAGAAGGACUCCGCCUUGGGUGGGUCCGCGGGGAACCAUGUGAGGGAUAAUUUAUCGAAUGCAGAGUGUGAAGAGGAACGGGAAUCACACACCAAACGGUGCGGCGAAGGAGCAACAGAGGAGAAGUGCCAGAUGAAUGGAGCCCCAAUGGGAGAAUCCUCAACAGGGGAGGGAUCCCUCGAGCGAAUUUGCCAGUAUAGCGAAAGAGAGAAGUCCGAAGUGGGAGGUGCAACAGAGGGCGAGAUGAGCCGUGGGAGGGGUAGCGAAAGCACCAUGGAGAGCCUUCCAGGCAUCAGUUAUGCGAAAGCGCACCCUGGGAACCAGACGACUGAUAGUUAUAAUGAUAAAGCAAAAAAGAAAGAAACUGAUGAAAUAAGCGAGAAGGACAGGGAAACCAACGAAGUAAACACGCAUGAGAGCCAACCGAACAAUGUAAACACAAACGAGAACGACAAAAGAGAAAGUUUCGAGUUGGACAGCCAGGAAGAUCCUAGCUGCACAUUUGCGAAGCAGCCAAACGGCCGGACAAAGACAGAAGACAUGAAAGAACAACUGAAUAAAGAAGACACGAAUGACCGUGUGAGAAAAGACACAAAUGCCCAUGUGAGAAAAGACACAAAUGGCCAUGUGAGAAAAGACACGAAUGAUAAUAUGAGAAAAGACACGAAUGACAAUGUGAGAAAUUACUAUAGUGAUAACUGUAUAAGUAAAGAUCAUUAUCAGGAUUCCAGUUCACACCUGAGCUCAUCCGUGGAGGAUGAGGAGUCGGAGGACAUCAGCUCCAACGAGGGCGACUCGGAUAGGAGUGAGGACUCUGCCGAUGGGAGAAGUUCAUCCGUCCUCAGCGAGGACUAUGAUGAUGAGGAGGAAGAGGAUGACGGAGAUGAUGAAGAUGACGAAGGUGAUGAAGAUGACGAAGAUGGUGAAAAUUACGCCGAUGGCAACUGCCUAGAUGACCAGAACACAGAAGAGAUAAAGUACCAAGGAAAUGAGUUAUUCAAAAAGGGCGACUACAAACAGGCCAUCUUUUACUACAAUAAGGCUUUAAUAAAAUGCAAAGAGAAAAGUACCAAGUCCAUUCUAUACUCCAACAGGGCAGCUUGCUACUCACAUUUAGGCAACUGGAAUCAGGUGGUGGAAGAUUGCAAUAAGUCUAUUAACUAUAAUGAGAGCUUUGUUAAGUCCUACCUCCGCAGGAGCAAUGCAUAUGAACAGCUGCAAAAAUAUAAUGACGCGUCGAAUGACUUAAAUAAAGCCAUAUCUUUGGAUUCCUCCCUCCUGGCAAACUACGAAAUGAAACAGAAAAAAUUAAAGUACCUGGCUGAACAGCAGUUAAAUAAAGAAAAGGAAGAAAUGGUGGGGAAAUUAAAAGACUUUGGUAAUUUGUUGCUAGGCAAAGUUGGAUUGUCACUUGAUAAUUUUGAAGUGCAAAAGAAUCCAAACAAUGAUGGUUCUUUUAACAUUCAAUUUAAGCAGAAUAAGUAG